AUGCAUAAACGGCUAAAGGUUAUAGUCCUGUUGUUCGGUGUACUUCUCCUAAUCGGAAUGUUUACUCAAUUCCUUAUGCCUUAUCAGUCACUGAUCUCAUAUUUCUUCAUAUGCUUCUUCUCNUUCGGUGUACUUCUCCUAAUCGGAAUGUUUGCUCAAUUCCUUAUGCCUUAUCAGUCACUGAUCGCAGAAACCAAAAACCUUGUGCCAGAGUCUGAAUGUGUUUGCGAGCUGGACAAUAUUCGACAUGAUUUCUGCUAUCGACUGCCAGCGGCUUCAGAUAUUCGUGGGACGCGAUUCAAUUGUACAUAUGCGGCACAUUUGAAAAUGCUAGAAACCAAGAACCUUGUGCCAGAGUCUGAAUGUGUUUGCGAGCUGGACAAUAUUCGACAUGAUUUCUGCUAUCGACUGCCAGCGGCUUCAGAUAUUCGUGGGACGCGAUUCAAUUGUACAUAUGCGGCACAUUUGAAAAUGCUAGGUAAUAUUACCACUGUUAUAACUUUUUUUUAG